AUGUAUAUUUAUCUAUUAUUGGUUAAUUUAAUAAAUGAAUUUAAUGAAAUUAUUUCAACAGCAAAACGAAUGGUAUAUAAUCCAGUCAGGAUGAUUUUAAAUUGUCUUUGGAUUGUAAUUACAUUUCAAGAAAAUAAUUGGAUUGAAGAAAGAAAAAAAUUAGCGGAACAAGAUCUCAAUAAAACAAAUGAUGAAAUGCCAAAUGAACUCAUUCAAGGAACGGCUGUAACGGUACAUUUUCUUUUCUUUUUUUUUUUUAUUUGAUCUUUUUUACAAUAUCUACUUAACCGAUAAUUCAUAGAUUUUUAAAUAAGUUUUCAUAGGCGAAUAUUUUUCAUUGGAUUUUAUAUUGUCUGGGUUCUAAUUUUAUUGAAUUUAUAAAAAAAAGAACCUCUUUGAUCUAAAAGAAAAUAUUUUCAAAUCUAGAACUUUAUAAAAUAGAAAUCAUUUGCAAUUAACUGAGAAGAAUAAAUCGAAUUGUUAAUCUUUUGUUUUGUGUGUAAAUCAUUUUCGAGCUAUAAGCUCAAGUGUAAGGUAUUUUUAUCUUUCGAGAGAUUUAUAUGAAAACUAAUUUCUAAUAUUAUAUUCAAGUAGCGUAUUUGAUAGAAAAGAAAAAUUUUAUUAAUAAAUUAAUCUUGUUAAUAUUAAAUUCAUAAGAAAGAAUUUCAUCUUGAAGAAUAUUUAUUGAAAAAAAAAUGAGAAAAGAAUAAUAUUAAUACAGGGGUUCCCAAAAUUAUAAGACCCCCGUACAAAUUUGAGAAUAAUAAGGUUUUCAGCAACUAAAGAAGCUUUGAUAAGGGAUCUAAUGUCAUAUAUAUAGACACUGCUAAAGCAUCUAUCAUGUGCUAUAUUGAUCUCUAUUUGGUUAAAUAUUAAUAAUAUUUAGAUUCAAGAAAUUUUGAAUUUCACUCUUUGCAUAAUUAUAAGACCCCCCUCUCUGGAGUAUAAAAGUAUUGCCUUAAUGUUCUUUUUUUAAGUCAAAAAAAAUCUUGUUAGUAUCUAUUCGAAAGAGGAGAUAAUUAGUUAUCUACUGAAAAAAUAUAGGCUCAUAUAAGCUAUACUUUAACUUUUCUAUGGUCGAAGAAAUGAAAGGGUGGAAAACCUAUAUCCCACAAUAACCCUAUUUUAGCUCAAAAAAAAAGGUUUCCAAUUGUUUAAUGUAAUAAAACUAGAUUUAAACUAUACCAUUAGAUAGAGCAUUAAAAAUUGUAUCGUCCACAUAAUUAUUGACAACAAACUUUGAGACAUUAAUAAUUGUGAAAAGGUAAAAUAAAGAUACUCAAGAUAAGGGAUUUGGUAAGGAACUUAAGAAAAAAAAUUUAUUUUCAUAUAAAAACCAGAUGUAUUUUUUUUUCAAGGAUACCAUAAGAAAGAGCGUCAAAUUCUACACCAACGAGAUUACUUCUUUUUACGGAAGCUUAUCUCUGAAUGCCCGGGAACUUAGUCUCAAAAAAGAGACAAAUCAGUCUCAUUAUGCCAAAAAAUCACAUAUGCUAGUAAUAUCACGAAAGAACAUAUUUCAACAAUUUUUGA